UGUGUGAGUCAGAGUGGGCUGGUUCCUCGCUGCAGAUGCUUUGCUAAGACAAAGAGAAGUGCUUGGUUCUUGUAGCAGUCUUUAGGAAUUUUAUAGCAGUAUGAGAAUCCAGAGAAAAAUAAAUUGCCUCUAUAUAUCACAUUGAGAAUCUUAUCCUGGUGUGCUUUUAAAAACUGAAAAGAAAGGGCCACAUUUCAGCAACUUUAGAAUGGCAGUGUUGGAAACAGACGAUAACAAAUACGUACUGUACCCUAGUGUAGGGCAGUGGUUAUUAACGGGAGACCAGUGUCUAUUAUAGGCAAACUGUAUUACAUUUGAGUACCUACUGCCCUAAUGCAUGUUGCUACUGCCAUUCUGGUGUGUUCUCCUGGUUUAUCCUGCGACUGCUGUAAAACUGGUGAUGUGAACAGCGACCUGGACCUCAUCAUCGUUGGAAAAGGACUGUACAAAGGAAUCCCAAACCAUCAUUUUCAUGGGAAGACAGUCGGUUCUCUCCCUACACUCUUUACAAAACAUGUUCUGGGAGCUAUUGAAAGUUACCAUAGUGACUGCUUAACAUCUGUGUCAUCAAGUGGUCAGACUACACAAAUAGGUCUUAAUAACUCCUGGUCCGGAAUCCAGAGUUAUGCAACUGGUCUGUCUACUGAAAGAAGCUCUGUUUACUCUUGGAGAGAUGAUGAGUUUGAUAGGAUUAACACCCAAAAAGUCCACCAGCUGUUAUGGGAUGUUGCCGAGAUGUUAUUUGAAGGCAAGGUGAGUUCCAGAACACAAAGCCUACAGACGGAAUGUAAAGAGUGGACCAAGCAUUCACCCCAUCUCAGGAUUUUGGGAAGCCAGUUAUUAUUGCCCAGAGAUGAAGGAUUUCAGCAUGUUCAGAAGAGAACAUCCAGUUCUAAAACAAUGCCAUCAACAAGCUUCCUGGACAGCACAAGUGACAUGAAAGAGCUGUGCCUUUGGGGUCAGAAGCUGGUUGCAACACUCUCCCCAGUGCACAGUGCAUUGGGCUCCAGUGAGACUUCAUGUUCAGACCCUUCCCUCUACUCCUUCCUAGAGGAAGAGAUUUAUGAAGUGGAUGGGAAAAUAGAGGAGUACUUUGCUUUUGAUACUAAAGAAAUUGAUGAUGAGGGCUUGGAAUUUAGAAAAAUUCCAAAGAAAUGUAACCGGGGUGUUCCUCCUGUUUCGCCUAAUGCUUGUAUCAAAGAUGCCGUCACUGCUGAAGUGUUUGAUGAUGUCUGGAGAGAUGUGGUGGAAAUUAUAGGAGAGCUCAUAAGGAAGCACUGGGAGAAUGAACUCACAGAAGAGGAUACACAAAUGGUUAACCUAGAAACUCCACGUGGCAAAUUGUUACCUGUGCCUGUGUCCCACGUGACAGUCGACACCUUCAGUAUCCCACCCUCAAGGGGCUCAGAGUCAAGGAGUACAUCCUUCUGGUCAAAUGUUAUCCCAUCACAGGCCUCUCGCAGGUCAAGUGCGUUCCACAGUAGUUUGAAAGGUGUUAUGACUAUACAAGCAAAACCCCUGCAACAGAGGCAUGCCGGAUUAACCGAGAAGACACAUUGCGACCAAGAUGAGAAGCACCUAAGUAUGGGUCCCAGUGUUCUGACCUCAGCUCGGAACCGACUGGGCCGAGUACAGGACCACAGUGUUUUAUCCUCAGCCAAAAGGGUGCAAACAGCUUCCUGCAAACCAGUAGCUCAGCGCAAGCUGCCAGUGCUCAGCUCAGAGGCACUACCGUCCAAGACCCACAACGCUUACAGAGAUGACGUUCUCAGAGGAACAAAACUGAGCACUGGUACUGGUUGCGUAUCCUCCACGUCGGUACAUACUACAAGGAAAAAACAUUUGCCACCUAUUCAUUUAGAAACAUUGGAAAAUAAUCUUUCAGUGCCUCAUAAUCUGCUGCGUAGAGGGAGGUACCCACACAGCAGAGUGUCCAGUGCCGUUCCUGAAAGCACAGGCCAACAGCCUCUCCGGGAACGGCCCAUUGCCUUGGACCAUUUCUCAAGGCCAAAUACAACACACACUUUCAGGUCAGACACGCCAUUUAAAAGGUCUUUCACCCCAUUGGAUUUUGCUUGCCGCACACGGACUGGGAGAGGAUCUUGCACAGCUGACCAUGUGGAUAUUGGUGUGACCGGAGUCAGCGUUGGAAUUUCUUGCUCUGGUUCCAGUAACUUCUCUGAACCUCUGCAUCAUCAACAACGGCAGCUUUUAAAUCACAUUUUCAUUGAGGGUGAAGAAGAGAAGUGCCAACCACUAUGGGGUCCUCAUCAGCCAAGAGCUUUAAAUCGGAAUCUAACAUAUGGAAAAAAGAAAUUUCAGAUGGUCUCAUCAUGAACUGUAUUCACCUAAACAGGGACAGGGUACACAAGAACACCAAUUGUAUUUACUCAAAUAAAAAAUAAAAAAAAAACAGCACAUGACAGCUGGUGUGUAUAUAUACAUGUUAUACUUUUUUAAACAGUAUUAUAUACACUAUAUCAGUGGUGCACAGCUCAGGUCAGGGAGGGCCAUUCAUGUCGUCUGUGGUCUCCUGCUGGCUGGAUGAGCUGUUCUGCCUUGGGGCGCCACACUCCCUCCGACUCUAUUCCUCUUCUCCAUCCAGUGGGUUGACCCGAUCCCACUACCCCUCUCUGGAGAUGCGCCGUUCCUUUGCCGGCAUCCACUCGAGCAAUGUUGGCAUGCCGCCUCUGGUUAGGUCUCCGCUUGGUCCCCUCUCUUCAUACUCAACACUUUCGUUCUAUCCCACUUCUCUCAUACCAAUGUAAUGUUGAGUGAAAAUAAGGAGCCAGACGACCUCAGCAAGAUCUCGUUUGAUACAGCUUGCUAAACAGCAGACUUUAUUUAUCAAGGGCCAGCACACAACAAUACAGCCCACAGCAGUGUGCAAGCUUUCCCCUUAUAGAGCAAAGCUCAGCGAAAACAUGUAACCUUUACACAUGACAAGAUAUACAGUGUAGACAUAACAAGACACGUUAUUAGACCCC